CCGUUAGCCUGCUAGCUACGCAGGAGCCAUUGGGCGUCUGGCAGCGCGUCAAACAGUGGACCAAAACCUUCGCAAACAUCGUUCCUUUUCCCCACACAUGUUGUCCGUUUGUGGAGGCAGACGCCGAUGUUGAGCACAAGACGAGUGAAAAUUGAUUUACAACGGACACCUUUUCCGUUUCAGCCGAAGCUAGUUCCGUGGCUAACGUUCGCAGCCCCAAAGAUGAAGAAAGUGGCUUCUGGUGGGGCUUUUGGUUGUUGUUUAGUUGUCUGACGCGCCCCUGACCCCCUCACCCCGAAGUCUAACACGCCAGCGUAGACGAGGUGGACGCGGCCUGACAGCAAGAUGGCGUCGGGUCCCAGGAACUCGGUGCGCCUCCUGUCGCGACGGGAGCGCGGCUGGCAGACGUGCGGCUCGCAGCGCCUCCUGCACUUGCUGGUGGAGGAGAAGGUGCGCUGUAUGAAGUGGCAGAGUCAGAAAGUGGAGCUGCCCGACAGCCCCAGAUCCACCUUCCUUUUGGCCUUCAGCCCUGACCGGACCCUCAUGGCCUCCACGCACGUCAACCACAACAUUUACAUCACGGAAGUCAAGACCGGGAAAUGCCUCCAUUCCCUGGUGGGCCAUCGUAGAACACCCUGGUGUGUGACCUUUCACCCUACGAUUUCUGGCCUGGUCGCCUCCGGGUGCCUUGAUGGCGAAGUUCGCAUCUGGGACUUACACGGUGGCAGUGAGAGCUGGUUCACGGACAGCAACGUGGCCAUCGCCUCAUUGGCCUUCCACCCGACCGCUCAGCUCCUCCUCAUCGCCACCAACAAUGAGCUGCACUUUUGGGACUGGAGCCGACCGGAACCCUUCGCCGCCGUCAAGACGGGCAGCGACGCCGAGCGAGUGCGGUUGGUAAGGUUUGACCCGCUGGGUCACAACCUUUUGACGGCCAUCGUGAAUCCGUCAUCCAAUCAACAUAGCGAGGACGACGCGGAUGUUCCCAUGGACAGCGUGGAGCUGCCUCACCCUCACUUCCGUCAGCGCUCCUUCUUGCCUCAGCCCGUUCGCCGCACGCCCAUCCUGCACAACUUCCUGCACAUCCUGUCGUCCCGCUCUCCCGGUGCGCAAAGUGCAGGGGAGCAGGUGCGUCCCCUCGCCGACACGGCGGAAACACCCGCCGCACCCCUGGGCCACUUUGUCAACACGGAGCGUGGGCUAUCCUUCGUGGGCUGCACCCGUUUCCUGGGCAUGGCGUGCAUGUGCAAUCACUGCUCGGCCAAUCGUGGCCUGUCCCUGCCAGGCGCCGCUUCCGCCGGGGCGCCAUCCGAGCCCCUGCAGGUCCCGGCGUCCUCCUCCUCCGCAGCCCGCACAGAGCCCCGCCAGCCCUCGGAGCCCCGCCCCUCAGCCUUCACAUCGCUCUACUACGGCAGCGGCGUGGAGUCUAACCCCGCCUCCAGUCCAGGGCCCGACUGGACACGUAGCUUGCUGAGUAUGAGGGAGGGGGGUACGGGACCCAAUGUGCUGCCGCCAAGGACUUCGUCGUCGUCCUCGCUCAGCCUCCUGGCGGUGUUGCGUCAGCAGGACGGCUCCUCUCACUCUCCGGUGUACACCUCAGCCACCGACGGGCGCGGCUUCCCCCAGCAAGGGGACGGGUCCAAUACCAGCAGCGGGCACCACCCGUUCUGGGACAGCUCCCGCAGCAACCCCGCCUCCUUCCGGAACGUGUUGCAGUGCAACCUGAGCCGCUACUUCCAAGAGUUUGAGCGCACGCAGGACCUGGAGACUCCUCAAGGGGGUGGCCAAAGCGGCCAGGAACAGAACCAAGAGCUGCUGAAUAACAAUGUAGGCUCGGACAGAGUCGGACCCUCCUUGUCCUCCUUGUCUCCCACCCCCACAAUCAUUCAUUACCAGCCCCCGCCCCCCCCCGUCCGCACCCCGCCCCCAGACCCCAGCGCCCCUUCUGGGGGCUCUCGCGGGCACCUGAACCGCUGCCGUGCGUGUCACAAUCUGCUGACCUUCAAUCACGACUCUCAGCGCUGGGAGCGCACCACCCAGAUGUCGUCCACCUCCUCCGCCCUGCAGCCCCCCUCCACCUCAUUGUCCUCGCCCUCUCUUGUGCCCGACGGUCCAGUCCAGACCGCCAGGGGGUCUCUUGAGAGCGAGCAGCGACCCGUGACCGUCGCGGGUGAGGCGGUCUUCCCUCUGGUGUCGUCCGCCGCCCAGCAUACUGAGCAAACGGUGGGUUUGGUGUACAACCAAGACACGGCCCAGUGGGAGAGGGUAUACCGCCAGUCCACUGCGACCCGGGCCCCUGAGCCCCCCGAGGCCUUAAACCAGGAAAUGCUUGUGGAUCCCGCGCCCGUGGACGAGGACUACCUCAGAAGGAGGCUUCUGGAGUCUUCUCUCAUGUCUUUGUCUCGCUAUGAUGUGACCGGAUCUCGGGACCAUCCCAUCUAUCCAGACCCGGCCAGACUGUCUCCCGCAGCGUACUACGCCCAGAGGAUGAUCCAGUAUUUGUCCAGACGAGACAGCAUUCGUCAGCGAUCUCCUCGCUACCAGCAGAACCGCCUGCGGGCCAUGUCUUCAUCUUCUGACGGGCCGGCCGGUAACGCCUCAAGCUCCAUGGACAACACUGACGUGGACUUUGAUGAGCUGGACGAUAACAGCGAGCGAGCCCGGCACAGGGCGCCCCGAAACGCAAGGAUGUCAGCGCCGUCAUUGGGUCGCUUCGUGCCAAGGCGCUUCCAUCUUCCAGAGUACCUGCCAUACGCGGGAAUCUUCCACCACGAGAGAGGCCAGCCGGGCUUGGCCACGCACUCGUCCGUCAACAGGGUGCUGGCCGGUGCGUCCAUCGGCGACGGCCAGUCUGCGGUGGCUAGCAACAUCGCUAAUACGACUUACCGCCUGCAGUGGUGGGACUUCACCAAGUUUGACCUGCCCGAGAUCAGCAACGCCUCCAUCAACGUCCUGGUGCCAAACUGUAAGAUUUACAAUGACGCCAGCUGCGACAUCUCGGCCGACGGGCAACUGCUGGCCGUCUUCGUUCCCAGUAGUCAGCGCGGUUUUCCCGACGAGGGAAUCCUGGCCAUCUUCUCGCUGGCAGCCCACAACCUUGGGGAGAUGCUCUACACCAAAAGAUUUGGUCCAAAUGCCAUUUCCGUUAGCUUGUCACCGCUGGGCUGCUACGUGAUGGUGGGCCUGGCCUCUCGCAGGAUCCUGCUGCAUCCCACCACCGACCACAUGGUGGCGCAAGUGUUCCGGCUGCAGCAGCCUCACGGAGGAGAGACCUCAAUCAGGAUGGUCUUCAACGUGGUUUACCCCAUGGCGCCAGACCAGCGGCGCCACGUCAGCAUCAACUCUGCUCGCUGGCUUCCCGAUCCCGGGAUGGGUCUGGCGUACGGAACCAACAAGGGGGACCUGGUCAUCUGUCGCCCUGUGUUCUACCGCAGCGAUGGCGAAAGUCCAGUCGAGUCCGGCACAGAACCUUUGUUCUCAGUCAACAACGGCGGAGGCCGCACCCGCAGUUCCGACCGACCUGGGCCCAGUCGCUCGGGGUGGAGGCUGGACCGGGACAUGGGCCUAAUGAACGCCAUCGGUCUUCAGCCCAGAAACCCCGCCCCUUCCGUGACGUCGCAAGGAACGCAGACGCCAGCGGUCCAGCUGCAGAACGCCGAGACCCAAACAGAGCUUUCCGAGCCAGGCGCCUCCCGGCCGCAAGCUGGCCCGCCACCGCAUGCCAGCCACCUUGAGUCUCAGAACACGGGAGGUCCGGACGACGGCCACGGCCAAUCCUUGGCGGCGUUCACGGCCAACGCAGGUACGCCACAAGACGAGGUUCCGGAGGGGGGAAAUUCUGGUGAAGACCCACUGGCUCGAAUCCGGCGCCUGAUCGCGGAAGGUGGCAUGACGGCCGUGGUGCAGCGCGAGCAGAGUACCACCAUGGCGUCCAUGGGCGGCUUCGGCAACAACAUCAUCGUCAGCCAUCGGAUCCACCGUGGCUCGCAGACCGGCGCCAGGACCGGCAGGACGGCCGUUGCUGCCGACGCCUCCUCCUCAGGGUCGGUCUUCGUCGGCCGCGACCGCCCGCCGGCCCCCUCGUGGGGCGCGGACGACGUUUUUGGCGAUGAGAGGACGGAUGACGACUCGCCACCAGACCCCUCCUCUCCCUCCCCUCACAACAGUUUCCACGGCGACCCGUACAGCAGGUAGUGAGCGGUCCCUCCGCCCGAGUGAGACCUGAGCGAAAGGGGCCGCUUGGACCCCGAGUGCCCUCACCUCCCACCCCACCCUUCGAACCUUCAGUGGCGUCGCGGCCCCGACGCGCCAACAUUCCUACCAUAAAGGGCUCCAGCGGAACGCGCGGCAGCCGGCACCCGCCCGGUGCCGAGCCGCCGCUCGGACUGUCGCCGGCGUGCCCGUCCCCGAGUGGUGGAGGCUUCCUCUGCCGGCUGGCUUUAACUAGCACUUGUGUGUUUUGUACCACGUGACCUUUGACCACUUGCGAGAGGAGGCGGGACUACCCCACCGUAAAUCAUUUGUAACGACUGAAACUCCUCCCGUUGUCACAGUCGAUGUGUGUGCGUGACGCAGCCGCUCGCUCGCUUAAUUUAUUGGAGACAAAGAGGAAGCAGCAAUUUUUUUUGUGACCGCUUGGGAGCUGGUGGAAAACAUUCUCCUUGUCGGGAAUGUCGAGCUUGUGGUUUGUUACCGUGGCGACCGAAGUCGCGCCAUUCACUACCAAUUAGCAGGGACUUGAGUGUAAGCCACGCUCCCUUGAACUCCUUCAAAAUAAAACUUGAAUUGUUUCCUGUCGGCUGUACAGGUGCCGUGUUUCUGCUUCCUCUUUUGUGUGCGUGCGUGCGCGGCUGGGUGCGUGAUGGACCUGUAGAAGUGCAGUGGCUUGUGAUUGUCAGGUCACAGGAGGUGUUUGGUGACCUGGGCAAGCUCCUCCUGGCUUAAUUUGAUUGGUCAACACUGAACUGAACGCUGGAGUCACAGCCCCCCCUCCACCCUGCUGACUACCGGCCCCCCCAAUCCCGUUUGUCAUCAUUCUUUGCUCUGACUUUUAGAUGUCAUGUCAUUAAAGAACUUUGAGACUCCAA